UCCGCGUGCAUUUAGAGAUGUCUUCCUCAGAAUCAGAGGAAGAAUUUUUCAGUUCUAUGAAGAAGAAAAGAAAAAUUAGCAUAAAAAAUACUAGUAACACUGUUAGUAGUGAUGAAGAAGAUUCUACCGAACCACAGACUCCGAAGAAGUCGUGCGCUCCGCGUUCUACGCACACAAGAAGUUCAGAGAGACUUAAAAACAAGAAGCAGUUUGUUAUGCCAAAGAAGGAAGAUGUAUUUAAGGAUAUUCCAUCCUCAGAGAAGGUCAAAACAAGAACUCCAUCAAAAUGUGUCAAUGACUUCACAAGAGUGACCAACAGAUAUAAUGCUGAUCGUUACGAGACAUUUGACUUUGAUAAUUAUGACAGUGAUGAUAUUGAUGAUUUCAUCAAUGAUGAAGAAGAAAGUGAUGAAGAUUCAGAUGAAAGACCACACCCCAGUCGAAUACAGGGUUACAGAAGAAGACUGGUGCCCAAGGCUAGUGAUUCCGAAUCGGAGGAAAGUGGAUCUUGCCAGCCUCUUGAUAGCGAAACUGAUACUGAGGAUAAGCCAGUAAAAAACACAACAGGUAACCCAUCCAGGUCUAAUUCACCAGUGACAGGUGUAAAACUGAAGAAAAGCAAGUAUAAAUCUAAUGUUAUUGAAUCCAGUGAUUCAGAUACAGAGUUGGAGGAUAAUUCUGAAAUUACUGCAGUUGAAGAAAGGGUUAAUGAACAAAGCUCAGCAGAAAAUUUCAGCAACAGUGAGACUCACCAUUGUGAAACAAACAUGGAGGACAAAGAGACCUCUGUCACAAAUAAUGUGCAGACUGACUCUGGUACAGAAAUUAUCAUAACUGAAAGCGAUGAAGAACUUUAUUUAUGUUGUGCCUCAAUGGAUAAUCAAACAGAAACUAUAAACCUAGAUAAAUCCAGUGAAAAUGAAAGUAGCUCUGGUUGUGAAAGUGAAAGUGAAACAAAUUCUUCGUCAGGUAGUGAAACAGAAGAGGAGGUUCGUAAAGAAGACAGAGCUUAUCGGCAAAGAAAACAAAAACUUCAAAAGUUCGAGGAAUUUAAGGAGCAGAGGAAGAAAAGAAAGUUGUCAACUUAGAAUAUACUUAAAUUUGUACUCAGUAUCAAAUUUCUAGUAUGUCACCACCAGUUUUGAAAUGCAUAUACAUGCAUGUAUUCCACAAAAUGAAUUUCAAAUGCAUGUACAUUGUAUAUGUACAUGUAAUACAAUUUGUUAAAAUCUCCAAAUACAUGUAUAUACUGUAUUAAAUAUGUUCAAAAAACAAACACUCAGAUCAGUUCUAUUUGUUUUUGAUUUGUAUUAAUGUAUAUAUUGAUUUAUGAAAAUUAAUUAAUGGAUUUUAGAUGUACAAUGCAUGUUGAUUGUUUAUUUUCAUAUUCAUAUUGUUUAUACAUGUUAUCAAAUUUAUUUUGACUUAUUUUUCAUAUGUUUAUAUAUGUUAUAAAACUAAUUUUUGACCUUAGAUAAAAUAUUUGCAAUACAUAAAUCUGAAAGUAGUUAAUAUUUUUGCGGAUUUUCUUAGGUGAUAUGUAUAGCUUACCUUAGCCAAAAGAAGAAAGGAGCCUGUCUGAUAAAGAGUCAUCUUUAAUAUUUCUGUCGCUGAUUUUUAGUGUACUAGUAAAUUGUCCCAUUUUCAUCUUCUUCUCCAGAACUGUGAAAAAAAUUCAAAUGUUUGACUAGAGAAAAAGAAUUUUUUAUCUCAAAGAAU